AUGCCGCGCCCGCCCGCGCGAUGGCGGCCGUCGGGGGCAGGCCGAAGAGCUUCAUCUCGGCCUCGCAGCUCGAGCAACAGGAGGCGCUCGCAGCCACCCUGCAGCCGUUCCUGCAGGGCUCUGCCGCCGCGGACCACGGGGAGGACACGCCGAACGUCGCGCGUUUCAUCUCUGCCAGUGAGGGCGGCCAGAGCGGCUUCUUUAGCUGCGAGGACGACAGCGACGCCUCGCCCCUCGUCGCCCCCAGGGCCGCGCGGCACGCCGAGCCCGCGCUCCGCGGCCCCCUGUUCGAGGAGGAGGGCGACGAGGACGCCGCAGGCCCGCACGAGGAGGUCGAGGCCGACGAGGACGAGGAACCGCGACGGAGCUUGCGGAUUCGACCUCGCUGCCGCCCCCCAAGAUGAGCAUCCUCGGAUCCUGGUAGUGGGCACCCGCGGCGACGUGCAGCCGUUCGUAGAGCUGGGCCGACGGUUGCAGGAGGACGGGCACCGCGCGCGCCUCGCCACGCACGACGUGUAUAGAGACCUCGUGCGGAGCGGCGGCCUGGAGUUCUACCCGCUUGGUGGAGAUCCCAGGAAGUUGUCGCAGUUCAUGUGCCAGACGGGGGGGCGGCUGAUGCCCAACAUGCUCCGGAAGGAGGAGCGGGACUCAAUCGACGAGAAGAUGGAGAUGCUGCGGGAGAUGAUGUUCGCGACGUGGCCCGCGGCGCACCUGCCCGAGCCGGACGUGGAGGGCGCCCCCCCGUUCCUCGCGGACGCCGUCGUCGCGAACCCCGUCGCCUACGGCCACGUCCACGUCGCCGAGAAGCUCGACGUGCCGGUGCAUUUGAUGUUCCCGCAGCCGUGGACGCCGACCGAGGACUUCCCGCACCCGCUGUCCGUGUCCGGCAGGGGUUGCGGCCGUGAGCACUUCCGGCCGCCGAGGAAUUCGGCGGUCGGCCUCGUGCGGAGGCAGGAGAACCGGGCCAGCUACUUCGGCAUCGACGCCUUCAUGUACCAAGGCCAGCGGUUCAUGACCAACGACUUCCGAAGGAGCAUGGAGCUGCAGCCCAUCCGGGCCGGGGAGAACGGGGCGCACAUCGUGACCAGCCACCGGGUCCCCUUCGCCUACCAGUGGUCGCCAACUUUGCUGCCGCGGCCCGCAGACUACGGCCCGCACCUGGAGGUGACAGGCACGAUCUUCAAUGACGCCGUGAGCGACUACGAGCCUCCAGAGGAUCUGCGAGUGUGGUUGCAGGAGGGCGAGAAACCCAUCUUCGUCGGGUUCGGGUCCAUGGUGGUGGAGCACCCCGACGAGCUGGCCGCCGUCAUCGAGGAGGCCGCGAGGGAGACCGGGACGCGGGUGGUGCUGCAGUCCUCCUGGACCAGCUUCGGGGGCGGCGCCGAGGAGGGCGACGAGCGCCUGAUCUUCCCGCUGGGCAACUGCCCCCACGACUGGCUCUUCCAGCAGGUGGCCGCCGUUGUCCACCACGGAGGGGCCGGCACCGCCGCGGCCGGGGCACGGGCGGGGAAGCCCACGAUGAUUUGCCCGUUCUUCGGGGACCAGCACCUGUGGGCCCAGGCCCUCUUCCGCGCUGGUUGCGCCGUGGAGCCGCUCCCGAUCGAGAAGCUCACCAGCGAGGCCCUGGCGAGCCGCUUCCUGCUGCUCCGCGGCCUCGGGGACAAGGGCGCGGAGCUGCUGCGCCGGGCGCGGGAGGUGGGCGAGCUGAUGGCGUGCGAGGACGGCGUGGUUGGGGCGAAGGAGGCGUUCUACAGGCAGCUGCCGCGGGAGGGCCUGGCCUGCGACGUCUCGCUGAUGCUCGGCCCGGCCUGCGACAUCCGCAUGGCCCGCUGGUACUGCCCCCACCUGGGCCUGAAGGUGUGCCACGAGGCCUACUCCGCCAUCCUUCGGGCGCUGCCCGAGGAGGAGCGCGGCAAAUGCGCCUUCGAGCCGUACCGACACAGCAUGUGCUGGGGCUUCGCGGAGCCGGGCUCGGUCGGUCAGGGCCUCCGCCAGGGCGUGACCACCGCCGCGGUGCGGUACGCGCAGGCGGGCGCGGGGUUGAUCACCACGCCCGUCUCGGAGGGCUACAGCGGCUACUGCAGAGACGGC